AGUAAUAAAAAUGGCGCUUAUGUUGAGCAGUUUACGAUAAACAUACGUUUGCAGUGUGUACUUUAUUGAUGUAAUUAUUUUGUUGUGAUUUAUUGUAAAUUGUAUUAUUAGGAAGUGAUACCAUAUCGUGGACUAAUGAGUUUAUUGACCGAUGUCUGCCGUGGCUCCCAAUAUCCCCGGGGCUGACCCAGCAAAGGAUAUACAAAAGCGCCGUGCUGGCAGUAUUGGAUCCGAUGAAGACGACGCAAGUGGGGGGAAGUACACAAGGAUGGAGGAGGACAAUAUUCAAGACAAAGAGAGAUUUGCAAGCCGUGAGAACCACUGUGAGAUUGAACGACGACGAAGAAACAAGAUGACGGCGUACAUAACAGAGUUGUCGGACAUGGUGCCAACAUGCUCCGCGCUGGCACGCAAACCCGACAAGCUCACCAUACUGCGUAUGGCAGUAGCUCAUAUGAAGGCAUUGAGAGGCACAGGCAAUACUUCCACGGAUGGCACAUACAAGCCAUCGUUUUUGACUGACCAAGAACUCAAGCAUUUAAUCCUUGAAGCGGCAGACGGAUUCCUGUUCGUUGUUAGUUGUGAUUCUGGUCGCGUCAUUUACGUCAGCGACAGUAUAGCUCCAGUACUUAACUAUUCUCAGGGAGAAUGGUAUUCCUCAUCUUUUUAUGACCAUGUGCAUCCAGAGGAUACCGAAAAGGUUCGAGAGCAAUUGAGCACUCAAGAACCACAAAAUACAGGACGCAUUUUAGAUCUGAAAACCGGAACGGUGAAGAAAGAAGGACAUCAAUCGUCCAUGCGGCAGGUGAUGGGCUCGCGGCGCGGCUUCAUCUGCCGCAUGCGCGUGGGCGGCUCGGCCGAGGGCGCGCACCUCGGCCGCCUGCGCGCGCGCAACUCGCUCGGCCCCUCGCACGACGGACACAACUACGCGGUCGUACACUGCACCGGUUACAUCAAGAACUGGCCGCCUACAGACUUGUUUCCAGGCAUGCAGAUGGACCGGCCGGUCGACGACGAGCUGCACGCGUCUCAUUGUUGCCUCGUGGCCAUCGGACGGCUACAGGUGACGUCCACGCCGAACGCGGCCGAGGGCAGCCUGUGCAGCGGCGGGGUGGAGUUCGUGUCGCGGCACGCCGUGGACGGGCGGUUCACGUUCGCGGACCAGCGCGCCGCGCAGGUGCUCGGCUACGCGCCCGCCGACCUGCUCGGCAAGCUCUGCUACGAGUUCUACCACCCGGAGGACCAACAGCAUAUGAGGGACAACUUCGAUCAAGUAUUAAAAUUGAAAGGCCAGAUCAUAUCCCUCAUGUACCGGUUUCGUACCAAAACCAGGGAUUGGAUAUGGCUGAGGACGUCAGCCUUCGCCUUUUUGAAUCCGUACAACGACGAUGUUGAAUAUAUUGUCUGCACAAACACGCUAGCAAACCGGUCGCUGGGCAGCGCGAGCGGCGAGGCGCCGCCGGAGGAGAACUACGACUACCACUUGCGGCACCGCGACGUGUACCAGGCCGCGCAGCCCGUGCUGCACCAGCAACACCAUGCGCCGCCUGCGGGCAGCGUGGGCAUGGGCGCGGGGCCGGGCGCGGGCGCGCGGUCGCCGGGCGCGCCGGCGGGCGCGGGCUACGCGCCGCACUACGCGCCCGACUACUCGCCGCACCGCGUCGCCAACACGCCGCCCGUCACCACCUGGACCACGCUCCGACCCAGCGGUGGAGCCGGCGGCGAGAGCUACGCGUACAGCGGCGAGGCCCCCGCGGCCGGCGCGGGCCCCGCGCCCGCGGCCGACGGCUCGCCCGCGCGCUCCCCGCCCGCGCCCGCCUACCUGCCGCCUGCGCACUACCACCACAACCACCACCCGCACCCGGCACACGGUAUGUGGUCGUGGCAGGGCGGCGGCGCAGGAGCGCCGGGCACAGGAGAGAGCGCGGCGCCGCACGAACUGUCGGACAUGUUGCAGAUCCUCGACCAGAGCGGCGGCGCCGCCUUCGAGGACCUCAACAUCAACAUGUUCAACUCCAACUUCGAAUAGCGCCACGGUUCCCGAGGUUGCCGCCCCGCUUAGUCGCGCGACGCUGCUCCUGUUCGAUCCCUGAUCGACCGUGCUGCCGGAGACAACUGAACUAUCGAUGACGCAUGAAUUCGAAAGACGUGUCGCAGCUUUAUUAAAAGACGCUUCCCUAUGCGGCGGUUUCCGGUGACUCAUAAUCAAUCAUCGACCGCGGUUGACAUCAGUUAAGCGUCUGUUUGUUCCAGUUGCCUGUGGUAACACGAAACUCGAGCACUUCCCACGUCCGCGACUCUGCGUGUUGACAAUUCAACUAGAGCUUUAUCGCGGGAUGAUAUAGCUUUCAAUAAAUGGCAACCCACUGUACAAAUUAUGUACCUUACUUUGUAAAAAAACACAAAUUCACCAUACUCUCUUUUGACGCUAUUUUAUAAUUGCGAAUAAGAUUGUGGAGACUAGUUAGGUAUUGUGUUAUCGACCUAUUGAUUGAUGGGCUAAAAGGUAGAGCGAUGGAUCGGCAGCUAGUUACUUAGCAUACGUAUAUAUUUUUAUGUAAUAAAGUAAAUUAAAAAAAAAACAUAGGUUAAGAUAGACAUUUAUAUGAUAGCAAUAAGAUAAACCUUUUUUUUUAUUCAUUAGACGGUUUAGACAUUUAAUUUUUAAGAACAGAAAUAAGUUAGGUUCACCUAUUCCUGGCUGAGUAUACUUUAAGUUUAAAUUAUCUGACAUCAGAUAAAUACUGCAUUUGCUGCUAAAAUUUAAAUGUUUGAAGGAUAACUUAUUAUCUUAUUAAUGUUAAUAUUGCUUUUAAAUUGGUACCUACCUAAUGUGAGCUUCAAUGGAGCUUCAUGAUUUAUUUAGAAUUUGUUCUAAACAUAUUUUGGAAAAAUAAGGUGUCACUUUCAUGGAUGCCAAUCAAUAACGACGACAACGGCACAGAAUAUAUAAUAGUACUACCGUACAGAAAUGACGCUUCCUACAAAUCCGAAGUUUGACAGCGAUUCAGGGACGAAUCAUGCUGUCCCUUUCUAAUGUAUGGCACUAUCCCUUUCAGCUAUUUAGGGUUGUCAGAAUUCAAGUUAUUAUCUCUUAUCUGUGGUCAUGCACGCAAAGGGACGUCAAGUUGUGUCGACCCUAAUAAUUGCUCGGAGCUCAGCCGAACGGAGCCUAGAAUGCCCGGAAGGAGUAGUGUCGCCCCACUGACAACGGACAAAUCUAUACGUUUUGCCUGAUGACAGUGAUGACGGCAUAUUUUGUAAUGAACUGUAACUGUAAUGUGCAUACGUCGGACUAUAGGGGGCAGUUUGAGGGCAAGGUAAGGUUUACAAAAAAAUCUUAACUUACGAGUAUUAUAAUGUACCUAGUAUUUGUAACAUAGCCGUGUUCAUAGAACUUGACAUGCCCAGUUAACUCAUUUGUUUUGUUCCUUUCUCACAGCUGCAAAUUGUCUGAGUGACGGAUAAAGCCAAACGAACUUUUUCGCCAUUUUGACUUAUGUGUAGUCCAAGUACGUUUAUAAAUAACGCAGUUAGUUGCUAUGAUAUUUGGAAUUUCACAUUAUAAAUACUAGGUACCAAAUACUAAGUACAAAUACUCGAAAGUGAAUUGAUUGAUUUGCGAACCUUACCUAUCAUUCUGACAUGCCACGAAAACGCCCGCUGGAGACCGACGUAUAAUGUGUAAUGCCGCAUAAAUGAUUAAGUUUAGUGAAUCAAGUAUUAUAUAUUAUGAAUUGUUUUAUUAUAUUAGUUUUCAGGUCACAAUGUUUUAUUGAUGAUUGAUGAGCGUGACAUCAAGCUCUAAAUCGAGAAAGACUUUUUUUUAUAUUUUCCUACAUGAAACUUUUAUCAUGUAUUUAAUGCUGCAAUGAACUUAUUACCAAGGGAAUAUUGAGUCCAUAUUGAUUUUUGUGCUAGGGAACAGUGUUAAUAAACUAGUAAGCAAUAUGUCCGCCGAUUCUCACCUUUUAGCCGCAUUUGGUAUUCAACACAUUCUAAUAAACCCUUAGCAAUUUUUAUUUUAAGUUAUUUUUAAUUACUACUUACAUUAAAGAGUAUCUAUGAUAAUUAUGUAUACAUUUUCAUUGAGAACAUAUAUUUUUAGGGUGGUCCUUAUUUCGUCUAAGUUAUAUUUUUCUUCGGGGCACCCGCUUAAUGUAAAAUCAUUAAAAAACCAGUGUAAUAUUACAUUCAGAAUUUUUAAAUACAUUUAAGGGUCGCUACUCCAACCCCUACCCCACUUUGAAUAAUUGUUAGAUUCAGAAAAAAAUUACAAUUUUUUAGUGUUAGAUUUCACAUUAAGCAGGUGCCCCGUAGAAAAAUAUAACUUCGACGAAAUAAGGACCACCUUGAAUCUUUUUACCAGAGCCUAACAUCCUAUUGGGAUAUAAAUAAAGAACUUAUACUGGCUCUGAUAUUAUCUUAUUUUUAGAUCGAUAGAAUUGAGUAUUAAAAUUUGUAAAAUGAAUUUUUCAUUAAAAUUAAGUACAUAAACAUUGA